AUGGAGCUAGAACCCAAGGAAUCACUAUCUGUUGUGGACAUGCCAUCUUUGAUGAGUAGAUCAUCUGAAACCUUUAGCGGAGGCGGUGGAUAUCGUUCUGCAAAUGAUUUGAGCAUGUUCUCAAGCUCAUUGCCCACGCUUUUUCAUGAAAAGCUGAAUAUGACUGAUUCAGAUAGUUGGCUCUCCCUUGAUGAUAGCUCACCUAAUCCGAACAAACUUGGCGUAGGAAACUCAGAGAAGGAUUCUUUUGAAGAUGUCGAACCCGAUUCUUUAGAAAUCUUGCUGCCUGAGGAUGAAAAUGAGCUCCUUCCUGGCCUCAUCGAUGAGCUUAAUUUUAACAGUUUGCCUGAUGAAGUUGAAGAUCUCGAAGAGUGUGAUGUUUUUUGCACAGGAGGGGGUAUGGAAUUGGAUGUUGAAUCCCAGGAUAAUCAUGGUGUUGAUGCAUCAGGGAUGCAGAUAUCUGAUCGCGGUGCUGCGAAUGCAUUUGUUCCUCGCAAACGCCCCAAUAUGUCUGGCAGAGUUUCGGUUGAACAUCCAAACGGUGAACAUCCUUCAAGGACGUUAUUUGUUAGGAAUAUCAACAGCAGUGUCGAGGAUUCUGAGUUAAGCGCCCUUUUUGAGCCGUUUGGGGAGAUCAGAAGUUUGUACACUGCAUGCAAAAGCAGAGGUUUUGUAAUGAUAUCCUACUACGAUAUACGAGCUGCUCAUGCCGCAAUGCGUGCACUACAGAACACACUCUUGAGAAAAAGGACACUGGACAUUCAUUUUUCCAUUCCUAAAGAAAAUCCGUCAGAGAAGGAUAUGAAUCAAGGAACUCUUGUGAUUUUUAAUGUGGACACAACAGUAUCGAAUGACGAGCUCCUUCAGCUGUUCGGUGCCUAUGGUGAAAUAAGAGAGAUUAGAGAAACCCCAAACAGGAGAUUCCACAGAUUCAUUGAGUACUAUGAUGUUAGAGAUGCAGAGACAGCCCUGAAAGCAAUGAAUAGAACUGAGAUAGGUGGAAAAUGUAUAAAGCUCGAACUUAGCCGUCCUGGAGGGGCCCGUCGAGUGUCGGUCCUGUCAACAAGUCAAGAUUUGGACAGAAACGAAGUUACAAAUUUCUUCAAUCAAUUAGGCUCACAGGUUGCCAAUUCUCCACCAGGUAACUGGCCGAUUGGCAGUCCAGUGAAGGGCUCUCCUUCACAUGCCUUUCCGAAGCCACAUGGUCUAGGAAUCGUCAGGCCGUUUAACUCAGAUAAUAUCCCGGGAUUGGCUUCAAUUCUCCCUACUCAUCACUCUAGCUUUCAUGGAUUUUCACCAGUCAGUAAUGACCAAGGGAUAUUGAAUCAUCCAAACCAAGCUAUUCUGAAUAAGGGAUUGAUGCACAACUUUGCAUACGGGCAACCUCAUUCAUUGCCAGAGCAUUUAGCAGGUGGAAUUUCCAACUCCAUGAGGUUUAUUGCUCCACACUCCUCGGGAUUCGGGACUUCAUCUGAUAACCGUUAUCGUUGGGGAAGCCCUCCUCAGCAUAUGAAUUAUCCUGGUUACAAUGGAGCUUCGUCGUCAUCAUCAUCUAGUGAACGUCCUUUCGCUGUCAGGAGUGGUUUUCCAUUUGCUGAGAGACAAGGUUCAUUGCUUGGAAAAUACCAGCAUCAUGUGGGCUCUGCUCCCUCAAGCAUUCAUUUUAAUACCCAAAUUAAUCGGUACCCGGGAUCACGAGAGACAUCGUCCUUAAUACCCGUUGGAUUUGGCGAUAUGGGAACCAACAAAAACUAUAUCAAUGCUCAUGGAAAGUCAAACCCUGGUGUUAGUAUUCCAGGGAACCAUAAUGAACGGGAUUUUAGCGGCUUUGAGAUGUCCUCAAUGCCUGCGGUACCUUUUGGUGGGAGUAGAGGAGGAUUCCAAUCACUAAGGCCUGAACCUUUUCCCGAGCAGAGUAAGAUCCCACAGCUCGAGUGUCACAAUCGGAAUCAGCUCAUAGAUGGUGGGAGAUAUCAUAUUGACUUGGAUAGAAUUGCUAAUGGAGAUGAUAUCCGGACUACAUUAAUCAUUAAAAACAUCCCAAACAAGUAUACUUACAAAAUGCUGGUGGCUGAAAUCGACGAAAAGCACAAGGGAGACUACGACUUUCUGUACUUACCUAUCGACUUUAAGAAUAAGUGCAACAUGGGUCACGCUUUUGUCAACAUGGUCUCUCCAUUGCACAUUGUUCCCUUCCAACAGACCUUCAAAGGUAAAAUAUGGGAGAAAUUCAACAGUGGGAAAGUUGCUUCAUUGGCAUAUGCAGAGAUCCAAGGAAAGUCUGCUCUUGCUUCAUACAUGCAGAAUCCAAGUCCUAUCAAGGAAGAAAAGCAUUUGUUUCCAGAAGUCUCCCACCAUGACGAACGUCAAGACUCCGAUGAUCAGGAGCAACUAUUUUCAAGCAUUUGGAACAUAACCGCACCUGAUCCAGAUUGGUCUUACACGAUGGAUCUUAUCGAGAAUCAGAAAGAGAACGUUAACUCCAAGAACAUAGCAGAAGAGUCCUCUUAA